GAAAGUUUUUUUUUUCUCUUGAGAUGGUAACAUUUGUAUAUAUUGACUAAGAUCCGUACUUAGGUAAUAUUGAAAACCAUAUUUACAACUUAUCAAAGAGAACAGGAUAACUGAAUCUAAACCUAGCAAGAACCUAGGAUCUUUAUAAUUGAUUCAAUGUCCUCUAGGUACAUCUGUUUGCACCAGAAACAAAAAAUUCUGAUACAGUUAAGUUUGAUCGUCUGUAGAUCACAGCUUUUGCUCUCAAAACAUCUAGCACUCCUCUCUUUCCAGAUUGUCCACCAGAUACAUGCAAGGAUAAUCCUCCAUCUGUCUCUGUCUGCAGCUCCCACACCUACCUCUUCCCAACUGUAAAGAAGUUCAGUGUUUUUGUUAGGCAUUGCCCACUCAAAACCCUCGACACUGACAAAGAUCGCCCAAAGUUGAGUUGCAAUCCUGCAAUAUAAAAAUAGAUGGCUAACGGCUUCAACCUUUCUCCACGUAAGUACCAUCUGGAGCACAUGGAGAAUUUCCUCUUCUUGAGAUUUUUUUAUGUUAGUACUGCUUCUCUUGCCAGAAGCCAGGUGAAGCAUGCCACCUUGAAAGGGAUUUUUGGUUUCCAAGUCUGUUACUUUCAAUGGCCAUUGUGGUAACAGUUAUCCUUCUUGGAUCAAAAACUUGUACUGAGUUCACCUUAAACAUGCCUUUGCUAUCUCUGUUCCACCAGAGUCUAUCUAACCUCAUCCUUUGUUUCUUUGAACACAUCCAAUGUUUUGAAGAAUUCUAUCCCAGUUUCAAUUUCUCAAUCAUUGAGAUUUCUUCUAAACUGAAUGUUCCAACCUUGUUGUUUCCAACUGUCACCUAGGCUCGUUUGUUUCUGCACUGCCAUCCCAUAUAACUCAGGAAACAGAUACUUUAAACUAGAGGGACCCAACCAUUUGUUCUCCCAAAAGGAAGUUUUUGCUAGCAUUGCCUACCACAGUUGUGUUAUUCGUCAGAAAAUGCCAAAGAACUGUGAUAGACCUCCGUAAACCUCCUUAGUCACCCACUUGUUCUCCUCUCCAUAUUUAGCUUUAACUUUGCUCCAGUAUGCUUGGGGAUCUUGUGAUUAUUUCUAUAACCACGUCAGUCUGAGUGCCUUGCUUUGUAAUUUCACAUUCCUUACUCCUAAACCUCCUUGCCAUUUUCCCCAAAGAACCUUGUUCCACUUGACCAAGUGUUGAACAGUAGAGUCAUUUUUCUUAAUCCCUUUCCACAAAAAAUCUCUCCUGAUCUCAUCUAAUUUUUGUAUCACUCCAUCAAGAAUGGGAAAUAUAGACAUCAGGUAUGUUGGGAGAGCAUCCAAAACAGAAUUAAUGAGAGUGACUCUGCCUCCUAAGGAGAUAUACUGAGAUUUUCAUCUAGUUAGCUUCUUCUCAUACUUUUCGAUCACCGAGUUCCAAAUGCCCAUGUCCUUUGACUUAGCACCUAAGGGCAUCCCCAGGUUAGUAGGCAGGGAGCCUAUUUCCCUCCCAAAAUCCCACACAACUCCAAUAUAUUAGGCAGUCAUUAAUAGGGAACAACCUGCUUUUCCUCCACAGUUUAGAGCCACAAUAAUCAUAUACCAAGGACCAUGUCCUACCGCACUCUCAAUUUCAUGUUUUGAAAGUCAUUAAACUGCUCACUACAGUGAGCUUCACUCUUGGGAGACUCUGUUUGCAGGGGCAGAUUCAGGAUUGAAUUUUAUAAGUUCCAACAUACAAGUACAACACCUCAAGUUAAUAUACAAUGAUAAACGGUUCAUCAUCAAAUAUUUAUUGAAAUUUAAUAAAUUUCUUAAUACAUAUAUAGGGGCUAGACAAAGCAUCUGGGUUUCGUGAAUCAACAUAUCAUACUGUGGAUCAGCCCCUGCCCCUGUAAAAUGGUGAAAGAAUCAAAAGAACACAGUGAAAUAAUCCUGCUCUUAUUGUCCAAUUAGAAAUCCCAGUUUUGACCAAUCGGAGAAUACUCGUAGAAUACCUCAAAGCUCGUCGAUAAAGAAGCACAGUCAAGAUCCGACGGACAUUACCAAAACCACUCCAAAAUCUCAGCGUACCAAAAUGGGGAAUUCUUCCGAGGACAGCGAAAAGAAGAGUUUUGAUAAGAUGAAAGAGCUUGAAGUUGCCGUUCCAAUAGUAUAUGGAAAUGUUGCCUUUUGGCUUGGUAAGAAGGCGAGUGAGUUCCAGUCUCAUAAAUGGACUAUUUAUGUUCGUGGUGCAACUAAUGAGGAUCUGGGCGUGGUGGUGAAACGUGUGAUUUUUCAAUUGCACUCAAGUUUUAACAAUCCUACUAGGGUUGUGGACAACCCGCCUUUUGAGUUAUCAGAAUCUGGAUGGGGUGAAUUUGAAAUUGUGAUAACCCUUCAUUUCCACAGUGAUGUUUGUAAUAAGCCGUUACACUUAUAUCACCAUUUGAAACUAUAUCCUGAGGAUGAAUCUGGACCCCUUUCCACUAAGAAACCUGUUGUGGUAGAGUCAUAUGAUGAAAUUGUGUUUUCGGAGCCUUCAGAAGCUCUUUUGGCCCGCGUACAGAACCAUCCAGCAGUCAAUGUGCCUAGACAACUGCAUUUGCCUCCUCCUGUACCAUUAGAAGAUGUUGAUCUAAAGAAACGUGGUGACACCAAAGAUCAUCCUCUAAGUCAAUGGUUCACAAAUUUCUCUGAAGCAGACGAGCUGUUAAAACUUACAGCAGCCCGGCAGCAGGUGCAAGGUCAUAUCGCAAGGUUGAGAAGACAGUUGAGCUUGGUAGAUGGCCAGCAACAACAAUUGAAACCUGCCACUGAUCCGUGAAUGUGUAUCAUCGUAAUAUCGAUAGUUUUUCAUCCAACCAUACUCGGCAGACAGCCCCGAUGAAUGUGUUCUUCCCGCUUUUCUUCUCCUUUUGCCUUCUCUUUUUCUGGUUAUCUUUGACAGCAUCAGAAGAAAGAAUUACAAAUGUACCGUCUACAGGAAGAAGGAUGCAAUAGAUUCAUACUGAGGUUAGUCCAUUAAUGGUGUUUUAUUACCAUAAUGAAUGAAUUUUUCUUUUAAAAAAAAUAAAAAUAAAUAUAGAAAUUCAUUAAGUGCAACAAAUGUAAUAGCUCAGUGAGACAUGACCAAGUUGCAUAAUUUUUCAUGAUAUUCAUGGCUUAUUUUUCUCGAGAUUUUCUGUACAAUAUCUUUAGACAUUUGGAGACUGACCACAAACUUUGUUGAUUCUAGAGGUCCCACCUACUCAAUAGAGUUUACAUUAUUCUAGUCUGGUAAAUAUCCGUUCGUUCACCUGCAUUGGGUGUUUGUACCAAACGAAUUCAACUUACCUUGGUCAAAUGAUUCGAUGAGGUGAAGAUAUUUAUUACUAAGCGAUUAAAAUGUAUGUGCAAUGUUACCUUAUCAAAAAUAAAUUAAAAUGUAUGUGCAAGCACAUGUUAUGUAUUUAUUUAUUAAA